AUGGUGUACUCGUCUCCCGAUCAUUUUGAAAGGAGAAAAUUAUUGAGGAAAACUUUUUUGAACUCGACAUUUUACAAGCAAGAAACUAUCAGAGCGAUAUUUCGUCUUGGAGAAGUCGACAAUUCUUCACUACAGCACACCAUUGAACAGGAAAAUCGAGUUUUCCAAGACAUUAUACAGGGUAAAUUUAUAGAUUCCUAUCAUAAUUUGACUUAUAAAGGAGUUUUGGGAUUCAAAUGGAUUUCCGAAAAUUGUCGAAAUGCUAAAUUUGCUGCCAAAAUAGACGACGAUGUGAUUGUAAACUUCUUAAAAAAUUUUAAACACUUUUCGUUCAUUAAAUUAAAAAGGAGAUUUUUAAUGUGCGAUAAAGUAAAUCCAAACUUAUAUCCAAUACAACGUGAUGCGAAUGAAAAAUGGAAUGUGCAAAAUGAUGUGUUUAAAAGGAUGUUGCGUUAUCCUUAUACUUCUUGUUUAGGUCCGGCAGUAUUCAUAUCUCGAGAUCUGAUUCCGAUUUUAUAUACCACUGCAUCAAUGUCACCAUUUUUUUGGAUAGAGGAUAUUUAUCUGUUCGGGAUACUUCCCUCAAAGAUUCCAGCUUUAGUUCACUACGGCAUCAAUCAGAAUGUUUCAUAUAAUUACAAUUACACAGCAGACUGUUUUGGAAAGCAGAGAAAAGAAUGUGGUUUGGUAGUGGGUAUGCCAGAACCUGAAGAUAGUCAUGCAACAAUACAUUGUAUUCAAGAGUCAAGUUCUUCCAAUAAUUUUGAUAUAUACGUAGAAGUCCAACAUUAUGCAAAACUUGAAAAAUAUAAUCAGGGGAAACCAAAUGCCGAUAAGUCCAUUAGACAUAGUACAACAACAACAUUGCAGCAUGCGUACCAAUUGGCAGAUACAGACCAUAUGUCAUAA